AUGGGGGAGGAAAAGAAAAAAAUAUCCACACACUCAGCAUACAUAAACACGCGCGGCCCCAAAUAUAUAUUUCAUAGACAAAUGAUCAUUACAACUCUUUCGGUGUCAUCACAGUAA